AUGGUGUCGAUCGUGCCUGAAGGGUCCUUGCUGAGAGAUGAGUCUCUCCAUCAAGCCUUUUACGCCUCGCUAAUCGUCCAGCAUAGCUUGUUUCACACUCUCAGCGCCACAACAUUCAAAGGAGAAGGCAAAGACAUGCUCAAGAAGCGAGCAUGGAUUCUCACCACUUUCAACGGUUUGGUGAUGACGCUAGCAAGUCUUCCCUUUCUCUUCGAUCUCUUGCUUUCCGGCUUUGAUUUCCACGCGGUCAAGCACAGACGCUGGCUGGAAGAACCAGCUUCUGCUUUCUUCGUCGCGUACCUGCUGUCCGACCUGGGAUUAGGAUCCAUCUUCUAUCGCAAGCUCAUCAACUUUUCGUCUGGCUGGGCACAUCACACCGCAUACACUAUCCUCUUUGCUUACUGGGUGCACCGAGGCUGGGCAUUGUACGCCGUCAUGGCUUGCGUGUUCGAGUUGCCAACUUUUAUCAUGGGCUUGGCUUCGCUCGUGCCUCAGACACGUUCCAACAACGCCUUUACCAUUACCUUUUUCAUCACUCGCGUCUUUUUCCACUUUGGCCUGCUUUGCGCUAGCGUCACGCCCCAUGGGAGAGCCACACCAGGCAUAGAUGGUAGCUGGGGUGUCGCCAACAGCAUCAUCGCGACUUACCCAAUGCAUCUCUGGUGGGGCUACAAAUGCAUCAUGAGCGUCCGGCGACGAAUGAAGAAGCGCGCGGCUGAGAAAAAGGAGAGAGCGCCCAUGCUCAGCGAGGCUGGCAGGAGAUUGUCCGCUGCUAGGAAGGAAGAGGGGUACUUUUCUGGAUUCGGACAGCUCAUGAAUGGCCUCGCGCCGCCCGAUACCAGCAGUGCGCUCAACACGCCAGCUGCUACGCCUGGCAGCGUCACUCCACCUGCUCGAGCUGAAUCUCCUUUCGGAUACAAUGCCCCUGUCGCGCUGCAUGCCGCGUUUGCAAGGGCAGCAGCAGCGGGAAGGGCUCCUAUCGACAUGGUUCGCAGGCGACGCGCAGCCAAAGCCGCAGCCGAGCCAUUGAAGGAGAAGCUUCUUCGAGCUCUUUGGACGCUCUUCACCGCUCCAGUCCCGCCCAUCGAUGCUGGUCCAGGCGCUCGCGAACCCUUUUUGGCCAUCAGAUCGCCUGCAGAGGCGAAAGACCGCGCUAGGAGGCUGGUAGCCGAUGCGGUCAGAAAAGUGUGGAUUUCUGCACCCAACACUUGGAGAGCUCAAUUCGAGGCAGAAGCCGAGGCAGGCGCCCGACUGAGGGCCGCCGCUGCCGCCGCGGCUGCUACAGCCAAGUCUGGCGACGAGGGAGCUGGACGCAGGGCUAGUCUAGGCGCUUCGGAGGACUCUACAAGCGCUGAAGAGACGGAUGCAGAUGCCGGAGUCUCCGGCCGAGAAGAUGAGGAUGCGAUGGAGCAAACUCGAGCUCAGCGAGCUAGAGCAGCUGCUAGGCGGGCCAUCAUCCGGGCGGUGAGGCGCGCCAUCAACGGCAAGGAUGCGGACGGACUAGACGAAGCUAGACUGGCCGGCGUUUCGGCCGGUGUGCUGGAAGAUCCGAGCGUAGACUUGGACAGCGUCGAUGGUGCCGCGAGAAGCAGACAACAGAGCUUGAUGGAGGACGCUACGAGCAGGACCAUCAAUGCACUCGACUUGCAACAGUUGCUCAAAUUCGUCCCGCCCUUGCCCCCCGAUAUGACGGGCAAGUCUUUUGACGUCAGGCCGCUAGAGGUGGAGCAGGUAGAAGGUCAGAGGAGAAAGAGGUGGGUGAAUCAGCUGCGAAGGCGCAUGGAAGUUCAAAGGAGGGGCGACGAUUUUGUCCUGUGGUGAAAGCGCAGCUCGCGAAUAGCCAAGUCAUGAACAGACCAUCGCGAAUCACGAUCGUGCUCUGCUCUACGAUGAAGACUCUCGGCUCUUUGGUGAAUCGUACCGGACUUUCCUACGCCCUUUCCGUUGCUCCCGGAAUCUUUUCGUAGCCUGUUCAAGAAGGCGAUGUCCACAUCUAUACCCUACGACCGUUCCCCCUCCUUUUUGAGAGAAUCACUUACUCCUCUACCGUCAUCACUAUACAUUUCACUCACGACUGCCAGGCAUCCCACUUCGUAUUUCUAUCCACCUCGCUCUCCAAGUAUCGAACUUCUCUCUGCAAUCGAGUUCCAUUUGUACCCGCGAUCGCAAUCUCGU